GUUGCUAACCUCGAUUCUGGCGUCGGUGUGUAUGCCCCUGAUGCCGAAUCUUACAGUACGUUCAAGCCACUUUUCGAUCCAAUCAUUGAGGAGUACCACAACGGAUUCGGACCGAACCAAAAACAACCAGACACCGAUCUUGGAGAAGGGAAGACCAGUUCGCUUUUGGAUUUGGAUCCGGAAGGAAAUUACAUCAAUUCAACGCGAAUACGAUGUGGACGCUCACUGCAGGGAUACCCCUUUAAUCCCUGUCUUACGGAAGAAAAUUAUAAGGAAAUGGAAGCUAAGAUGCAAAAGGUGCUUUCCGAAGUAACAGAUCCAGAGCUGAAGGGAACGUAUUAUCCACUGACUGGCAUGACUAAAGAAGUGCAGAAGCAGCUGAUCGAGGACCACUUCUUGUUCAAGGAAGGUGACAGGUUCUUAAAAGCUGCCAACGCUUGUCGAUUCUGGCCAACCGGAAGAGGCAUAUAUCAUAACGAUAAGAAAACGUUCCUCAUAUGGGUGAACGAGGAGGACCAUCUGCGCAUAAUAUCCAUGCAAAAAGGUGGUAAUGUUGGAGAGGUACUGGGACGACUUAUUAAGGGUUUGAAAAUUAUCGAGAGAAGUCUUCCAUUCUCGAGAGAUCCACGACUUGGCUGGCUCACUUUCUGCCCAACAAAUCUUGGCACUACAGUACGAGCAUCAGUUCAUAUUCGUCUGCCAAAAAUUAGUGCAAAACCAGAUUUCAAGAAAAUCUGCGAUGAACUGAAGCUUCAGAUACGCGGUAUUCACGGUGAACAUUCUGAGUCAGCGGGUGGCGUUUACGACAUAUCAAACAAAGCUCGCCUUGGUCUCACCGAAUAUGAAGCAGUGAAACAGAUGUAUGACGGUGUAAAACAGCUCAUCGAACUCGAAAAGAAAGCUGCCUAG